ACAUAUAAAUACUAUGAAAGACCUCUCUCUGAUGUUAGUUCUCGGUUUAAAGCCUCAGUUACAGUCUGUCAUCGCUCUUGAGGGCUGAGAGUUGCAGAUGGAUCUCCUGGUCACCAAUGUGGCCGAGCUCCUCACGGCUGCUGUCCAGGAGGUGCUGCAGCUCAUGGGUCAGGCUGUGUUGGAGUAUCAGAGGGAGUUCGCCAAAACACGCCUGGAGAAUCACAAACUCCAGCAGAAGCUCCGAGAGCUCCAGGAGAGAAACACUAAAGCUUCAGAUGAAGUCCUGAACGUCUCUUUUCCAAGAGAUGAGUCUCAUUUAAAGGAGGAUCAAGCACAGGAAGAUCUUCAUUCUCAUGAAGAUUCAGCUCCGAGUGAGGAGACAAAGCAGCCAGAAUGUCUGACUGAUGAACCUGCUCAUAUAAGCCUAGUUUUAGAUGAGAUUCCUAUAAACAGUCGACAUCAUUCUCUGCAAACGACCUGUGACUAUUCCUUCAAUAAUCAAAGACCCCUGUCCCGGGUUAAGACUAGCUCUUCAAGUAGGAUCUCCAACUCUUCAUCUGGCAGCAGAAAGACUCCAGCGGUGGAAACACCACAGGUCUCAAACACAAUCAAGCUGGAGUCUAAACCCGAGCCUCUGGAAUGUCCUCUUACAGGAGAUGCAGCCCAUGUGCCAACACUAGCUCCUGUUGUUCCAGUGCAGGACGCUCCUUUUGUGGAGCAACACAUUCAGCAGCCGGCGUCCUCAAUUCCUAACAUCAUCCACUUCAGCCAGCCUCAUAAACCAGUGAGUUGUGCUUCUAAACACGUUCUGAGGUCGCGGGUGGAGAAUAUGGUGGACGCUCAGGGUGGUCAUAGUGCCGUCAGCACCAGCGAGAGCAGAGAGAUGCUGCACAGCUGCCAUGUGUGCGGGAAGACCUUCGCUUCGCCCUCCAGCCUCGGUGCUCACUUUGUGUGCCAUUCAAACGAGAGACCUUUCGGCUGCAAAUACUGUAAGUUCAGGUUCAGUCGUCUGGCCGAUCUGAAGAAGCACGAGCGCAUUCACACUGGAGAAAAGCCAUAUAACUGCUCCCUCUGUGGACGCCGCUUCAACCGCACAGAGAAUCUCAAAAGACACCUGAGGAAAGUUCAUUAUGGAGCAGCGCUGUGACAUUUAGACUUCACAGGCUUCACCUUUCUCACUUUGCAUGCUGAUGUUGCAUCUAAAUGACUUUAAUCAGUCUGAUGAAAGUUUUCCUCACAUUAAUAUAAUGCAUUACUGACUGCUUGCAUUGGACUGAACAGAAGUGAAUUAUGAUCUGAAAUAUGACACACUGAUGAGUUCCACUGGAUUCUUGACAUUGUUCGCAUUUAUAGCAGCAUUCUUUUACUUGUUUUUUUGGCAAAUGUUUUCUCUGGAAGUGCAAAAGUUACGCCAAACAAACACCAUUGCUCAAAAGUCUGGGGUCGGCUUUACUCAGUGUUUCUGAAGGUUUUAUCAAGUCAAAUUGAAACAUUUUAAAGACCCUUUUAAGACCAUUAGUAAUGAAAUUUUAGACUUACAGGACCACACACACUAAUGAUUAUUUCUAAUGGCCUGAUUAGCCCAGUGGAUUUGUUUUUUGCUCUCCACAAAAAAAAUAAAUGUAAUCAAAUGUAAUUAUUUGUUAGUAACACACUUUGUGUCGAAACAAGACAAUUUUCAACAUAUUUCUUUUUUUAACAAACUUUUACAAGUUUAACAUUGUUAAAGGUGUGUUUAUUGUGGAGAUAAUUACGUAAAUAAAAUAUUUAUUUGUUUGCUUUUGGUCCAGAUGGCUGAUUGGGUAGCUUUACUUGGACAGAGGAAAAUUAAGACCAGUUUAAAAACGAUUUAAGACAUACAACACAAUAUUUCAGGGAAUUUAAGACUUUAUAAGGGCUAAAUGUUAUUGAAAUGUAAGACCCUGCAGACACCCUGUUUAAUGUUUUUGAAAAUAUUUUUCUUAUUAAAGCUGCAUAAUAUCUCAUCAAAAUACAGUAAAACUAGUAUUAUUGUGACAGAUUAUUACAAUUUAAAUUAACUUAUAUUUUAUUUUUUUAUAUUAUUUAUUCCUGUGAUGACAAAAGCUAAAUAAACACUUCUUACCAAUCAAAGAGUGAUCAUAUCCACACCUAAGGUCAAAUCAUUAUUCAGUAUUUUUAUGCCUCACAGUUAAUGUGCAGCAUUUAUCUGGAAUAGCAAGACGUAUUGAAUCUUGUUAUGGUCAUGUUUGGUCAAUUAAAGGGAAAAUAUUAUGCAAAAAAUCCCUUUUCUAAGGGGUUUAAAUACAGUUGUGUAGCAACAGUGUGUAAAUAUAACCAGCUUCUAAAGGUAAAAAUGUAUUUUAUUUAUUUUUAUAAUCACACAUGAUAAAACAGUCUACAGAAACACUUUGAUUGAGAAUUCUCCCUUUGUGCAUGUCAUGGGAUUGAGAAAGCCUGCCUAUUAGUGACAAUCUUUUCUUCAUCAGUGUAGAACGUUAGUACUGUUUUUGAAUCUGCUAUUAUGCUGACACACAGGCAUUUGUAACACUGCCAUCCUUUAAAAAGAGGCCUAGGAGCACAAUCUCAUUUGAAUUUAAAGUGACAGUCACCAAAAUGGCACAAUUAGGAUCAAAUCCCAAAAGGGGCAGUUUUAAAGAGUUAGAAAACAUUAUUUGUGGGGUAUUUUGGACUGAAAUUUCACAGACACACUCUAAGGACAUCAGAUACUUAUUUUACACAUUGUAAAAAAUAGCAUAAUAGGUCUCCUUUCAUACAUUUCACUCACUGAAUGGAAAUAUUUGUAAAAAGUUACUGACCCC